UUCCUAACCUUCAUAUCCUUGAAAGCCACAAAGGAAAGCUAUGGGCCACCCUGCUUUCCCUUCAAGCUCUUCUUAACCAACUCUUCCUAUUACAAAUUCCCCUUUGAAUCUUCUCUUACUCCUCUCCCUUUUUUCCUUUCCAUCAUUUUUAGGGUUAUCCUUUUUUUUUUCUUCUUAAAAUCUCCCAAACUAUCCCUUUUUUUUCUUAAGGUUUGAACGAGAUUUUAGCAUGGCUACUCUGUCACUGAAUUCACUCCCAAUCGGAUUCCGGUUCCGACCAACCGACGAGGAGUUGAUCGAUUUUUACUUACGGUCGAAGAUAAACGGGAAUAGAAGUGAUGAGGUUGGAGUCAUUCGUGAAAUCGAUGUUUGUAAAUGUGAGCCGUGGGAUUUGCCUGAUUUGUCAGCUAUAGAGACUCGUGACCCGGAGUGGUUUUUCUUUUGCCCACUCGACCGAAAGUACCCCAACGGCAACAGGCUCAACAGGGCUACCGAGGCUGGUUACUGGAAGGCUACGGGGAAGGAUCGCAAAAUUAAAUCUGGGUCCAGCUUGAUCGGCAUGAAGAAAACUCUAGUCUUUUACACUGGCCGGGCUCCUAGAGGAAAGCGAACCAAUUGGGUUGUGCACGAGUACCGUACUACCCUUGAUGAACUUGACGGCACCAAGCCCGGACAGAAUGCGUUUGUAAUUUGUCGUCUAUUCAAGAAAGAAGAUGAGACCAUUGAAGAUAUAAAUGGUGAUGAAGUUGAUCCUGCUAUAUCGACUCCUGCGGAAGACAUGCAGUCUGAGUUAGUAGUGCCUCAAGACUCCCCUGUUGUGGAAGGGGAAGCUGAGAAAAUUCCCAUGAGUAGUGAAACUUAUGCUGUGGAUUUGCCAAAUGAAGUGAUAUCUAAUGCAGUUGCACCCAUAUUAGAGUGCAACAGCAAUGAUUAUAAAGCUUAUGGUGUAACAGGUCAAGUGGCAGAUAUAGCACCUGCAGAGGUGGAUACACUUGUGGAAGCCCUGAACCAGUUUUAUGAUCCCAUGAUGGAUUCACUGUCCUGCAAACUCUUUUCUCCAUUGCACUCACAGAUUGAAGCAGAGCAGGCACCUUGGAUGUUUAAUCAUGUUGGGAACAGUUUCAGUGGGGUGGUGCUUGAGCAUGGCACAAAUGAAAAUGAUGCUGAUAUUUCUGACUUCUUAAAUGACAUCCUCAAAAAUCCAGAUGAAUGCUGCAGUGAUGACUCUGGCAGUCAGAAGAAUUCAACUAUUGAAAGUGAGACCCCUAGGGCCAUGGCCAUUGGUAAGGAUGGAUCAGGUGGUGAAUCAGAUGCCGAAGUGGCCCAAGUGCUGCUGGGGACAGAAACUGCCAACAGAGGAGGGGCUCCUUUAGAGAUUAAAGCAACUGCACAGGAUUGCACAAUUCUAAACCCCAAGCAGGACGUUAACUUUUCUGGUGCAGGGCCAUUGUUUAAUGUGUUGAAUAGUAAUGGAGAAUUGAGCAAUACAGCUUGUAAUGUUGAUAAUGCUAUCACUGGAAUCAAGAUUAGAUCUCGCAUUGCUCGAAGUCAACCAGACACUGAGAACUCUAUGACACAGGGUAAUGCACGGAGAAGAAUACGUCUGCAGCGUAAAUUUCAAGUUGGCCCACUUUACUGUGGCAAUGCCAUGAAUGACUGGAGUAGUGAAGAGAAGGAGCAUAAUUCAAAUCCAGUUUUUAAAGAGGAGAUAAAAGUUGUGGAAGAGGAUAUCACUGUUGAUGGCACCAUGGAUGAACCUCAGGAAAUAUCCCUUUCUGGGUCAUGCAAAAACUGUCUUUUGAGGUCAAAGAGCAUUGUUUCAGUUUGCAAAGAGAUUCAAUCUCGUUGCUUAAAGAAGUUUUCAGCUCGUCGCUCACAUAAACCAUUUGCUGUUAUUUUUCGGGUAGCUGUGGUGUCAAUCUUGUUUAUAAUUUUGGUUAGCACAUUGUAUGUCUUGUAAUUUGAAGCUCCUUAUUUCCUUGUGUAUAGUUGACUCACUUCACUUUGAGACCCCGUAGUAGUUAGGGCUGCGGCAAUGAUUUUGUUUGAGUACUAACAUUUAUGUGUAUGACUAAUAUAUCUAUUUAGUGUAAUAUUCGUA